CCGAUACCCGGCACUGGAGGCACCUCCCAGAAUCCCGCGGCCCACGCCUCAGUCCGCCUGCGCUCCUCAGCCUGGCGGGUCCGCUUUUAGAGGCUCUUUAGCUUUGUCGCCUGCCCUUGAUUUAACUUACACCUUCGCCUUUGGCUCCUUUGACUGCUCGAAGCCCCGCAGCCAGUUCCCGCGGACUUCACCAGCAGACCCAGAAGUGGUGGGUGAAGCAAGCGUCUGUUCCUCCUUGAGCCUGUCAGGAACUGCUGCCUGCCGCCAUCAUGCCUGCUGCAAAUCCUGAGACUCCAAACUCAACCAGCUCCAGAGAAACUAGCACCCAGUCUUCAUCUGCUGCAGUUAGCCAAGGCUAUGUUUUACCAGAAGGCAGAAUCAUGCCAAACACUGUUUUUGUUGGUGGAAUUGAUGAUAGGAUGGAUGCAACUGAGAUUAAAAGCUUCUUUGGUAGAUAUGGUUCAGUGAAAGAAGUGAAGAUAAUCACAGAUCGAACUGGUGUCUCCAAAGGCUAUGGAUUUGUUUCAUUUUUUAAUGACGUGGAUGUCCAGAAGAUAGUAGAAUCACAGAUCCAUAUCCAGGGUAAAAAACUGAAGCUGGGCCCUGCAAUCAGAAAACAAAAUUUGUGUGCUUAUCGUGUGCAGCCACGUCGUUUGGUAUUUAAUCCUCCUCCUCCACCGCAGUUUCAGAAUGUCUGGAGUAAUCCAAAUGCUGAAACAUAUCUUCAGCCCCGAGUCGCGCUGAAUCCUAUAACUCAGUACGUUCAGGCAUAUCCUUCUUAUCCAAAUUCACCAGGUCAGGGCAUCACUGGAUAUCAGUUGCCGGUGUAUAAUUAUCAGAUGCCACCACAGUGGCCUGUUGGGGAGCCAAGGAAUUAUGCUGUACCUCUGGCAUAUCCUACUUAUCCAAAUUCACCAGGUCAGGUCAUCGCUGGAUAUCAUUUGCCUGUAUGUAAUUAUCAGCCUGCUGCAAAUCCUGAGACUCCAAACUCAACCAGCUCCAGAGAAACUAGCACCCAGUCUUCAUCUGCUGCAGUUAGCCAAGGCUAUGUUUUACCAGAAGGCAGAAUCAUGCCAAACACUGUUUUUGUUGGUGGAAUUGAUGAUAGGAUGGAUGCAACUGAGAUUAAAAGCUUCUUUGGUAGAUAUGGUUCAGUGAAAGAAGUGAAGAUAAUCACAGAUCGAACUGGUGUCUCCAAAGGCUAUGGAUUUGUUUCAUUUUUUAAUGACGUGGAUGUCCAGAAGAUAGUAGAAUCACAGAUCCAUAUCCAGGGUAAAAAACUGAAGCUGGGCCCUGCAAUCAGAAAACAAAAUUUGUGUGCUUAUCGUGUGCAGCCACGUCGUUUGGUAUUUAAUCCUCCUCCUCCACCGCAGUUUCAGAAUGUCUGGAGUAAUCCAAAUGCUGAAACAUAUCUUCAGCCCCGAGUCGCGCUGAAUCCUAUAACUCAGUACGUUCAGGCAUAUCCUGCUUAUCCACAUUCACCAUGUCAGGUCAUCACUGAAUAUCAGGUUCCUGUAUAUUAUUAUCAGAUACCACCACAGUGGCCUACUGGGGAGACCAGGAGUUACGCAGUACCUCUGGCAUAUCCUACUUACCGAAAUUCACCGUGUCAGGUCAUCACUGGAUAUCAGUUGCCUGUAUAUAAUUAUCAGAUGCCACCACAGUGGCCUGUUGGGGAGCCUUGGAGUUAUGCAGUACCUCUGGCAUAUCCUACUUACCGAAAUUCACCGUGUCAGGUCAUCACUGGAUAUCAGUUGCCUGUAUAUAAUUAUCAGAUGCCACCACAGUGGCCUGUUGGGGAGCCUUGGAGUUAUGCAGUACCUCUGGCAUAUCCUACUUACCGAAAUUCACCAUGUCAGGUCAUCACUGGAUAUCAGUUGCCUGUAUAUAAUUACCAGAUGCCACCACAGUGGCCUGUUGGGGAGCCCAGGAGUUACGCAGUACCUCUGAUGCCACCACAGUGGCUUGUUGGGGAGCCCAGGAGUUAUGCAGUACCUCUGGCAUAUCCUAUUUACCGAAAUUCACUGUGUCAUGUCAUCACUGGAUAUCAGUUGCCUGUAUAUAAUUAUCAGAUGCCACCACAGUGGCUUGUUGGGGAGCCCAGGAGUUAUGCAGUACCUCUGGCAUAUCCCAUUUACCGAAAUUCACCAUGUCAGGUCAUCACUGGUGGAUAUCACUUUCCUGUAUAUUAUUAUGCGAUACCACCACAGUGGCCUGUUGGGGAGCCCAGGAGUUAUGCAGUACCUCUGGCAUAUCCUACUUACCGAAAUUCACCAUGUCAGGUCAUCACUGGAUAUCACUUUCCUGUAUAUUAUUAUGCGAUGCCACCACAGUGGCCUGUUGGGGAGCCCAGGAAUUACACUGUACCUCUGGCAUAUCCUACUUACCGAAAUUCAUCAUGGCAGGUCAUCACUGGAUAUCACUUGCCUGUAUAUAAUUAUCAGAUUCCACUACGUUGGCCUGUUGGGGAGCAAAGGAGUUAUGUUGUACCUCUGGCAUAUCCUACUUAUCCAGAUCCACCAGUUCAGGUCAUCACUGGACAUCAGUUGCCUGUAUAUAAUUAUCAGAUGCCACCACAGUGGCCUGUUGGAGAUCAAAGGAGGCGUAUCCUACUUAUCCAGGUUCACCAGGUCAGAUCAUCACUGGAUAUCAGUUGCCUGUAUAUAAUCAUCAGAAAUCUGUGGACCGAAGCAUACAAACGGUGGUAUCUUGUCUGUUUAAUCAAGAGAACAGACUGAUAAAUUCUGUUGUUACUCAGGAUGACUACUUCAAGGUUAAAAGAGUGCAUCACUUUAGAAGAAGCUGGGCAGUAUUUAAAUCUGUUUGAUCUUCUCAGCUAUCCAGUUUCAUGGGAAGUUGCUGGUUUUGAAUAUUAAGCUGAAAGUUUUCCACUAUUACAGAAAUUCCGAAUUUUGGUAAAUCACACUGAAACUUCCUGUAUAAGUUGUAUUAUUCAACUCUAGUUUAAUCUUACAUUGAAACUGUUCUUCAUUAGAUGUUUGUUUAGAACCUGGUUCUGUGUUGAAUAUAUUGCAGAAAGUAAAAAUAAUUGAGACUGAAAGUAAAUUAAGAUUUAUCUGCAAGGAUUUUUAAAAAGUUGAAAUUUGCAUUUUAAGUGUUAAAAAGGAAAUACUGAUUUUCAAAAAAAAAAGUUUUUAAAACCGAAUUUGAAAGACAAGAAUUUUGAUAGUCUGAAUACAAGCAUUUCAUUUCUGCAAGUACCUGUGAACAGUACAGUAUUUACAAUAUUGAGUUUUGCAUUUAUGAUUUAUCUAGAAAUUUACCACAAAAGCAAAAUUUUUAAAAUGGUAUUUUUAAUUAGUGGCACUCAAUAUGUAGUUAGCUUUAUUGAAGUUUUCUUAUCUAAACCCAGUAAAACAGACUCCAAGCAAACAGUCCAAUCAGUGAGUCAUACAUAUGUUUAUUAAAAAUAUUUUAUCUUUUAUCUAGAAUCUACACAUACGUAUCUAAUUUGAUUGAGAUAGUAAUUAAGAUAACUAAAAUUCUGGGCCCAAUUUUUUAAAGAAUCCAAGACAAACUAAACUUUACUAACAAACUAAACUCUUUCUCAAGGAGUUACCAUUCUUUUUUGUAAAAACAUUGUUCUUUGAAAUGCUAAACUUAAUGACUAUGUCUAAUUGUGCAAAAACUGGUAUUAAAGAAUGCUGUAACUUCUUUAUGUCACUCAAAGGUUAAUCAGAGUAUGCGAAAAAGAAUUGUUUUUAUAAAAACAUUGAAGUAUUAGUUAUUUGCUAUAGAUUUUUAUUUUUGUUUUUUAACCUGUUAUAUUUCCUUUUGUAAAGUAAAAUAUGUCCAGAAGAGUCAAAGUAGGUAGUUUUAAUAUUUCUAAACCACGAAAGUUGUUUAGUUAUAUAUAACUAUACCUGUAUAUGAAGUUGUUUAGUAAGUAUAUCUUAAGAACGUGCUAGAAUUCUUAACUGAGUAAGUUAACAUUGUUUCUAGAUUAGCAGGUGUCCUCAUUUUACAUUGUGACACACAGCUGGAGCCCCAGAGCUCUUUUGCUAUACCCACAGUCUUGUUUUCCCCACCUCUUUUACUAGUCUUUUAGGAGGUUUGCUCUUAGAACUGGUGAUCUAAAGAAUGAAAGUAGCUGUAUGAGCAGUUCAAGGGCCAAGCCCUGGAAUGGUAGCCAUGGGAUAUAAUACCUUUCUAAGGGAAACAAUUGUGUCUUUAUCAUUUUAUCUGCCAUGGACAUGAGUUUAAAGUGGCUUUCUGGCCUUUCAAUGGCUUCAUCCCUAAAACAUGGAGACUCUAAAUUAAUGUAGUUACUAUGGGCCAUAUUACUAGCGCCCAAUGGGGUCUAUUUUUUCUCAAAAUUUUCAUUCUGAAUCUGAAGGAAAGAGUCUUUUAACUUUAGAAUUCCCAAGAGGGCUUUAUUACACCUGAGAAAUUGAAAGCACCAUUUGUCCAUUAAAAAAUUAUCUGUAGCUUUUUUAGUGCUUUGACAUUCUGACAUAUAUCAUUCUGUGAUUAAGUCUCCAGAUUUCUAUAAAUGAUACCUAUAUUCUAAAGAGCUAGUUGUAAUUAUUCCAAUAUGACCUUAAGGAAAAGUUAGGGAAUAAAUGUUUGCCUUUGUUGGAGUGAAGUAUUUAAAAGAGUAAGAUAAAAGUGAUAAAGUCCUGAACCUUUCAAAAUGGAAAAUUAAUUCUAAACUUAGAAAUAUGUUUCUGUUACCUAUUGCUGAUACUGUCUUUGCAUAAAUGAAUAAAAAUAAAUUUUUUUCUUCAAAAGUG